GGUUGGAAGUGGCACAUUGGGUGAAUUGAUUCUGAUGAUACCCGCCUACACUGAGAUCUGGACCAAUGAGUAGCUCUUCAGUACCUCUGUGAGACCCUCUCUGAGACUUUUAUUUUGGCUGACACGCCGCAGGGGUCAGUUUAUGAGAGGGGUUGUAUUUUAACUUUCACUAUUUAUAUGCGUUUGUCUGUGUUUUUAUUCGUUCAACUAUGGACCGACCGAGCCUUCGGAGACUUUUUUCUGCUUGUGAUGUGGACAAGUCCGGUAAGAUCGAGUACGAGGACUUCACCGUUGUCUGCCGGGAGCUCAACGUCCCCGAAAGUGAGAUCAAAACUCUGUUCGACAAGUUCGACGCGGACGAAGACGGGUGCAUAGACUACAACAAGUUUUCGUCCAGGUUUCAGGAGGUUUCAGAGACUAUGGACCUGGCGUCUUUCGGAGCUGGGUCGUCACAAACCCAGGGCUGUCCGUGGGAAGAGUUUGUGGGCAGGGUAGAUGCGGAGUCUCUCCUCUCUGAAAGUCUCAGGGAGCAGCUGGCUGAUCUUUACCAGGCCAUUCACUCCUCUGCAAACACGAGUUUGCUGCCGCAGUAUGAGGAAAUCGUCCACUCUCUGAUCAGUCAAAGCCUGGAAAACAGGCUAGAGUGUGAACAGCUGGAGACCAGUUUAAAGCGAGCGGAGGAGAUGAACAACAGUCAGCUGACAGAACUGGAGGACGAUAUACAGCAGCAGCUACGCAGAACAGAGGAGAGGGUGAGAGAUGAGGAGCAAAAGAAAAUGGAGGGAAUUUUGGCGACCAUGCGGAGGAAGUAUGAGAAUGAGGUCACAGACCUGCAUGCAACGGUGGACCGACUUUUAAAUAGCCAAAAGGACUCUGACUUGAACCAGUCAAAGGAGGAGGUGGUCAGACUGAACAAACAAAUCCGUGAUCUCUCACAGGAAAACGAGCAGCUGCGGGCCUCCCUGCUCCAAGCCGAGACAAACAUCGCUGUCUUGCACGCGGAGCUGGACAAGCUGAAGAACAUGUAUGCAGACCAGAAAGCUCAACACCGAAGAGAAACAGAUGACUUGAGGAGGAUGGUUGUGGAAUACCAGUCAUAUUCCAAUCAGAUUCAGGUUCUCCAGGAAACUAACAAAAAGCUGUAUGACAGUAACGACGGACUGCGCUCUGCGUUGGCCAGUGAAGCGGUUAAAAGGAGGCUGUCUCCCCAAAAUGAAAUCCCCGCCCGAAGGAUGAAACCCCUCCGACAGAGCACACUCAACCACGGCAGCUCAGAGCCGGAUUCCAGCAAAACAACCUACUUUCAUGUGGCCACCUGGGCUGAUAGGUAUCUGGACAGUGGAGUCUCCAUGGCGAUGGACACAGCCGAGAGCGCAGGCAGCGAUUAUGACAGCGACGACAGUAGGAGCACGGUGGAAACUGUGCACCACAGUUACUCCUAUGUCCCGUCCGAUGUGGAGAUAUCAGAAGUGAAAUCUGAAGCUGCAGUGUCGGUGGCUCCUAGCAGGGCGAGCUCCAUUGCAUCGUCCCUACGAAGACGUUUGUCUGCAUUUUCCACAAAGCCUUUAGAAACAGGCAUAGAAGAAACUGAGGAUCCUGGUCCCAUGUACCGUCUGGUUUUAGCUGGAGACGCGGGAGCUGGAAAGUCCAGCUUCCUGCUGAGACUGACGCUCAAUGAGUUCCGAGGAGACAUUCAGACGACGCUGGGAGUUGAUUUCCAAAUAAAGAGGAUGCUAGUGGACGGAGAGAAGACGAGUCUGCAGAUAUGGGACACAGCUGGGCAGGAGAGAUUCCGUAGUAUUGCCAGGUCCUAUUUCCGUAAAGCUCAUGGAGUCCUGCUCCUGUAUGAUGUUACUUCAGAAAGCAGCUUCCUUAAUGUCAGGGCGUGGGUGGAUCAGAUUCAGGAUUCAACGGACGAGAAAAUCCCCAUGUGUGUUAUUGGAAACAAGGUGGACCUCCGAGAGCAGCUCCCAGAGGGAAGCAGUGUGAGCAGUUUGCAUGGAGAGAAAUUGGCCAAGGCAUACGGCGCCUUGUUCUGCGAAACCAGUGCCAAAGAGGGAACCAACAUUGUCGAAGCUGUGCUUCAUCUAGCGAGAGAGGUAAAGAAAAAUGUCACUCUGAGGCGGCAGUCAGAUUCUCAGGUCAGACUGAGUCCAUCAAACCCAAAGAAGACUCUUAACGCCUGCUGUGGACUGUAGGUGAUUGAUAUCUGUGGGUACGAUGGAGCAAUGAAGGACACCAAAUGAUUUUUAUUUUUUGAUGAUGAAGAACAUUUUCUUACAUAUUUUAACCUUUUGAAAUACUUAAAAACUCAUAUAUAAAUAUAUAUAAAAUAUAUUUUCAUGAAAUUUAAUUCUUUAAUCAAAAUGAAGAUUUAUAUUGUUGGAAAAUUGCAGAAAUAUAAAUGCAGGUAAUGUAAUCAUCCUUAUGUUUUUGUUAGCUUUUGUAUUUAUUUAGAAGUAAUUUUAUGAAGUAAAUAAAUAAGGAAUAUUAUGUGCCUCAGUUGAGAUGAAAUAGUUAAAUAGAAGUUGGAAAUGAUUUUACCAGACAGUUUUUAAAUGAAUGCACAUUUUUUUCUGCUGUGAGACCAAAUGUCUGCGACAGAGGUGUUUGUCUUUUUCUCUAGAUCUUUUCAAGGAACAAAGAUACAUUUUUUUUUUUUUUAAACAUUUUUAUUGAGCAUCAGUUUAAGCGAUAUUACAUUUUACUUUCAGCACCUUCAACAUUGGAGGACUGAUCAAAUAUCUCUCAUGUUGAAAGUUUUAUUUGUUUACUAAAAUGACUCAUUGUAGUUUGUAGUUAGCCUUAACCAAAGUUCCAUGGCCACUUUUUUUUUUUUUUUCCCAAUACCAGAAUAUUUUCCAGGGCCAUUUUUUUAUUUUUUUUAAAUGACAAACCGAAAUGUAACCUUUUCCAAAUAAAACAAACACAACUGCAAAGAAACUUCUGUCUGAUCGAUCAGCAGAAAUCUCUCUCUCAUAAAUACUGUACGCCUUUCAGCGAGACAUUUUUCUACCAUGUGAAACUCCUCCUCAUGUCUUCACAGUAGAAAACUCUUUUCAAAUGAACUUGACUAAAGAGGACAGGGGGCCAAACUCUGCACCUGCACAUGAUGAUUUUCAAAGUUUCAGUUUCUCGCAGUCAGAAUCAUUGACGUCACUAAGCUGCCCAAGGCCACGACCAGAGCUCCGAGUAUAAACUUCCAGGAAAGUCCCUAAAAACACAACAAAAACAGUCAAAAUCCAGUCUGUCGGUUAUCAGAAAAAAACACAUUGGAGACAUUUCUGUUAUAGCUUACAUGAGGUUUCUUCUUAGAAGGAACCAGAAAAGGUGUGAUAUUGUCGCCAAGCAUCUCCGCUGGUUUAGCUUUCCAUUCCUGAGUAUCUUUGCCUCCUGAUUGCCUUUUGACGAUUUUAGAUAACUCGACGUGGAUCGCCUAAAGAGGAGCGGGAGAAGGGGUCCAUAUUAACACAUCCUAAUGUUGGACAGAGAAACAUGAAACCUUUUUAUCAAGAGAAAAAUGUGAACAUGCAGUUUUAAAAAAUAUCCAGCAGGUGAGAGCAGAGGUCUGAAACACAGAGUCAUGACUAAGGCCAAAAAUGUAAGAAGCCAGCAAAUCAUAAUUUUCUUACCUUUAAAAUGCACUUUAAACUAUAUCCUAAAUGUCCCUGCAAGGGACUUAACAUAUUUUGCAAACACUUCCAGUAGAUCUUCAUUAAAGGUUGUAACCUGUCAUAAAAUGUAUUAAAAUACCAGUUCAUAAUGCA